AUGGGAGAAUACGAUGUUCCCUUAGUGGACGGGAUCCGUAACGGAAAGGGUACGCAGACCCUCAAAAAGAACGGUGAGGAGUAUACCUUGGAAUGUACAUGGGAAAAUGGCAAAAAGAAUGGAGAGGGAAUUUUGCUGGACCCGAACACCAUCAUGGCAAUGAAACUGAACUUCAAGGAUGAUUUGGUCAACGGAGAGGGAUCUCUCUUUGAAAACGGCCAGCUCACUUUCCGAGGGAACUGGACGAACGGUGAACGCUGCGGAAAGGGCGAAGAAUUCUCCGGAGGCAAGCUGGUGUUCUCGGGCAACUACGAGCAUGACAAGCGUAACGGAUAUGGAAUCCUUUACGACGAUGAGCAUGAGCCGAUCUUUGAAGGAAUCUGGGUUGAUGGCGAGAAGGGCUUAGUUUCCAUCGAAGAAGACGAGAAGGGCGAUAGAAAGAUGAUUGAACGGGACAUUGAAGGACACAUCCGCUACAUCGGCGGUUUUCUUAAGGAUACGGUUGUCCGCGACGGUCAAGGAGUCACCUAUGACGAGUCGGAAAACCCGCUCAAGAUCUGCAAAUAUCGCGAAGGCACGGAGGAGCGCGUGCUGAAAGAGUUCAAGGGAAAGACGAUCGUGAUCUACGACGCCCAGGGCAAGAAAUGCUACGAAGGCGAGUACAAGCAAGACAGUCGACACACGUAUCCGCCGCAUGGCCAGGGCCGCCAAUUCGUAAACGGCUCUCUGGUGUAUAUGGGAGCCUUCGUGAACGGCCAUCGGCAGGGCCAGGGGAAGAGCUUCUAUCCGAACCACACCGCGCAGUACAUCGGGGACUGGAUGAACGAUAUGGCGAACGGGCAGGGGCAGUACAUGAACGAGGAGGGCGAGCUGGUGGCGGAGGGCGAGUUCGUCGAUAACGUCUACACCGGCGAGGAGAUCCGCGUGUACAUCGACACCGGCCGCAUCGAAAAGAUCGGUUCCGGAAGCGGCUGUGCGUGUUUCGGGCAGAAGCGCCGCGCCGCGACGCGGCAAUUGCCCUCAUCGCAGGACGGCGACGGUGACGGCGAGGAAACCGACCAGGUGCGAAGUCUGAAGGAGCUGCGCGCGCUGCCCGCGUCGACGAUGGCGAUCCGAAUCGCAGGGUUCGAGGAGGACGCGAUCGACUUCGUCCGCUUCAACCGGCUGCGCCAUCUCACCAUCGCAGAAGGCGCUCUGCGGGCCGUGAAGCAGCUGGCGCUGCGCGAGCUGCGCUCUCUGCGGUCGCUGGAAAUCGAGCGGAACGCGUGCUGCAGCGCGGAGAACGCGGCGGCGAUCGACAAGAAGGAGUUCGCCGUCGAAGGCGCGCGGAAGGCGCUCGAGAUCGAGGCCUGCGAGCGGCUGGAGAGCGUCGUGCUGCACGCCGGCGCCUGCUGCGACUUCGCGAAGCUGACGCUGGCGGAGCUGCCGCAGCUGCGAAGCGUGAGGAUCGGAGAGAGCAGCGCGGAGACGGAGAGACCGAGCAACUGCUUCUAUUGGUGCAAGGAAGUGCGGUUCCAAGACCUGGAGGCGCUGACCACGCUGGUGAUCGGAAAUAGCUGCUUCGAGAAGGUGCAGAGCGUGUAUAUUAAAAAUUUGCCGAAGCUGAGCGAGAUCGAGCUGGGAUUCCGCGCCUGCGCGGGACUGCAGGACAUCUUCGAGAGGGGAUCCAACCUGCUGGAGAUGAGGGAACUGCCAGCUCUGCAGAAGAUCGUGAUGCAUCCGAACGCGUUGCUGAAUGUGGGAGAAAUUAAAGUGGUGGGGAUUCCGCAGCUGAAUGGCGCGGGAAUUGCCAUCGCAGAGGGCUGCCGAGGCGGUUUGAAGACAUUAAAGCGAGGAGAGAAUGUCGAUGACUCGGUAGUCGACGUGUUGAAAGGCGAGACGGGUGCGAAGGUUUCGAAGUUAAAAAAGAAAGGAUCUUCUAUGUGUUCUGUUUUUUCAAAACUGGCUCUAUUGAAACUCCCAAGAUUUACAUAG